AUGACUCCCAAUAUGCACCGACACGUUAUGGCGGAUCCAACCAUCCUGACAACCAAUAAUUCCUCGAUUAUGCUUUCACAUAAUAAUGAUGAUCAUCAUCAUCAUCAUCAUCACAAUAAUAAGGAACACCACCAAACCGAACACCCUAAUACUCGAAAGCGCAAGUCAGCAAAAUGUCAUUUCUUUGCAAACCCAAUCAAGCUGGGGGUAUAUUUGGGUUUCGGAAUAUAUGCCCUUCUUCAAGGUCUUCAGCAGGUGCUUGUGCAUCAUCAUUCCUCCAGCCAUCCUCAUACUAGUUCGGGUGCUGGACUGUUGAAUCUACCAUUCCUCCUAUUUGGUGGUGGUGGUGGUAUCGGUGUCCCAAACUAUGAUGUCAUUAGCAUUAUGGAGGCUUCCAAGAAACAGUUUACUACGAACCACCACCACCACCAAGACACGGCGGAGCAUCAAAAGCCAGCUGGCACUAGUACUGCUGGGAAUCAUCCAAAUGGCAUUCGUCGACUACUACCAAACACAAUGACGGAUCCUCCUCCUACCAUUGCAUCGGCCAAACAAGUCGACACGACUGCAACCAAAGCCGCUCCAAGCAUGACGAGUCCAAACAGUACAACGGAAGCGCCACCUGAAACAAAGCUAUCAUCCAAGGAUCAAACGGAGAAAACCAAAACGGCAAAGUUCCUGCCCCUCACCACCACAAAAACAACAACAAGUCCCAAGCUUCUUUCGAAAGAGUCUUCGAAUGCCAACAAGAUACAAGCGACGGCACAUGCUACGGCUACCCAACGAAAAGAACGCCCCGUCGAAUCCAAAUCCCCCAUGGCGACUCGGGAGGAUUGGCAAAAGGUCAUGAGAGAACAACCUUUAUAUCCAAAAAAUUACAUUCCUUCCACUCCCCUCAAGGUUGGAUUGAUCACGGCGAACGGUAUCAAGGGACCGACGCAACACGUCUUUGUCGAUGGGAUUCAUGGGAGUGACUAUUUAUCCUUACAAGUUCUCUGCGAUGUCGGCGAACAUAAUUGCACGUCCGCACUCGACUAUCCAGACAUCGAUCUGUGGAUGGUCGAUGCCAAUUCGGCCAAGAGCAAACCAUUUCCUAACGAUAUUGUUCACCAAUUGGUGGCCAUUGACGACAAUCCAUCCUUUCGAAUAUUCUUUGUGGAUUACUCGGAUCGACUGGUCUUGCGAAAAGCAUGGAUGGACUCGGUAUACUUUGACAUUGACGAAGACCGAAUGUUGGCACCGCAUAUCCGAUAUGGACUGCGAUGCAUUGACAAGUACCGUCGAUGGGCAAAGGCUAAAGGAUAUAUCAACGCUGGUCGAAUCGUGCAUCCCAUGUGGGACGAAAUGUUGAUCACCCAAGGAGGACCUCCAUUGCACGCACCCUUUGCCGUCCGGACGGACAUUGCCGAUUCAAUACACAAUUUACUUCCGAGUAUUGCACAAGGUCCCAAUGACAAGAAUACUACUACUACGACAACUACUGGUAGCAGUGGUGCUUCUUGUUCACCAUUGCCAUAUCACCCAGUGGAUUGUAUACCAGAUCGACCCAUGGAUCUGAUCCAUCUUUGGAAAGUGAUUGAAACCAACAAUGGCCUGUUACGCAAUUUGGCAACCGAAUCGGUGGAACAAAUGAGGACUUGGAAGCAUCCCACGGAAAAUCGAACCUUGCGCGUCGAAACUGCGAUUCAAGGCAAUCGAGCUCAUGCUGGACGCCAAUCCGUAUCGGAUGACUACGUCCGAACCUUGCUUCAAACCAAGAUUGUGGUCGUCACACAGAGAGAUGGAUGGGAAGACCACUUUCGGUUGUUCGAAGCACUCGCGGCAGGCACCAUGGUAUUGAUGGACGAAAUGGUCUCGCUUCCGCACAGCUUGGAAGACGGAGAAAGUGUCGUCUUCUUUCAUAGUAUUCAAGAGAUGCAUGAUAAAGCGUUGUAUUACAUCGAACAUACCGAAGAACGACUUGCCAUCGCCAGGAAGGGAUGGGAAGUCACAAUGGAAAAGCAUCGAUCAUGGCAUCGACUAGAAGAAAUGCUAUUUGGGAAAGGACUGACGAAGCCAACACUCAACGAAUCAUGGCAUUUCGAUAGGUAG